CCGCGGCACUUCAGGUGUCUGUCGUCCGUCGUGAGAGAAAAAACCGUCGCCAUGGAGGAAGACGAACAAAAGACGGCCGUGAUGCGGAAAGCGUUUCAGAUGUUCGACACGACGAAGAGCGGAUUCAUCGACACGUUGAAGAUCUCGACGAUAUUGAACACGAUGGGUCAGCUGUUCGAUGACGCGGAAUUGAACUCCAUUAUCGAGGAGAACGAUCCCGAACGGACGGGCAAAGUGAACUUUGACGGGUUCUGCAGAAUCGCUGGCCGAUUCCUGGAAGAGGAGGACGCGGAAGCCAUGCAAGAGGAGCUGAAGGAAGCCUUCCGCUUGUACGACCGCGAGGGAAACGGUUACAUCACGACGGCCACCUUGAAGGAGAUCCUCGCUGCUCUCGAUGACAAAUUGACCAGCGCGGAUCUCGAUGGUAUAAUAGCUGAAAUCGAUACCGAUGGCUCGGGCACGGUCGACUUCGACGAAUUUAUGGAGAUGAUGACUGGAGAGUGAUGACGGGUUUGAGGCAACUGACAGAGGACUCGAUCGUGAAACAUUGUUUUAAUAUUCGAAGCAGCGUCGCCUGGUUCGAAAUUUGUUUAAUAAAAUGAUUGUUUAAACCUUCUA